AUGACUAGCGCUAUUAUUUCUUUGCUUGGCACCGAUAAAUUAACCAAGAAAAACCAUGUAACUUGGAAAAACAUGAUUAAUAUCAUCUUGGUCAUCGACAACCUCAAAUUCGUCCUAACGAAGAAGUGUUCUCCAAUUUCUAGACUCGCUGCUUCACGAAAUGUUCGUGAAGCAUAUGACAAAUGGACUAAGGCCAACAAUAAGGCCAGGGUCUAUAUGUUAUUGGCAAGCUUGACUGAAGUCUUGGACAAAAAGCAUGAGCCUAUGAUCACUGCACGCGAUAUCAUAAAGUCAUUGCGUGGGAUGUUCAACCAACCGGCUACACAUCUCAAGCAUGAUGCUCUAAAGUACAUUUUCAACACCCAAAUGAAUGAGGGAUCUUCUAUUAGAGAGCAUGUCCUUAGCAUGAUGGUCCACUUCAAUGCGGCUGAGAUGAACGAGGUUGUCAUAGACGAGUCUAGCUAG